GCUCACAAUAUACACAUGCACACACACAGUAUAAUGUGCUGUAAUAUAUUUAUACUGUAAUAAUGGACUAUAAUAAAGAAUAGCAAUACAGUUUCGAUACAACAGGCAUUGUGCACAGUUAUUAUUUUUAACUAUUUUUUGUGUCUAAAUACAUAUCUUUAGGUUUUAUUGUAAUGCAUGAUGAUCAAGACUCGCACCAGUCCAUAAGCAGCAUGCAUCAGUCAUUCUUGAAUUGUGCUUGUUACAUUCUGGAACAUCACCACUAUGUAAACAUACAUCACAAUCGACUGUCAACUUCUGUCAUUAUGACAUGCAACAGAGUGCAAUAAUAUUGAAUAUAAAUAAGUUUAGUUUCAGAUACACACAAAAGUAAAUUAUCUUGCAUCUGGAAAGAGUUUUAAAAAUGUCAGCUACACCACCCAGAAGCCCCCGAAUGCAGGGUCCAAUAGCGCCGACCAAGGGACCUGCAAAAGUGGCCAAGUUGGUGAAAGCCGAUCCGAAAUCAGUAUAUCCUCCAAAAAGCCCUGGUCCUGAUGCCACUCCCAGCAAACCAGGAACAGCUGGAGGAGCUAAACUGGGGCCAGUUGGAGAAGCGAAGAAAACGGGGGGACUAGCAGCCAAGGUGGACUCACCCACAAUCGUUAAACAUACAAAGGCAGUGAUAUUAGAUUUGGGUACAGGAUACUUGAAAGCUGGUUUUGGGGGGCAGCCUAAACCUUCAUGUGUGAUCUCCUCUACAGUUGGCAAACCCCGCCAACAGUCUGCAAAGACCGGGGACAAUCGCCAAGAGGCCUUUGUCGGAAAACAGCUUUUAGGCAAGCCAGACCUGGACCUCAUUAAUCCUUUGAAGCAUGGCAUAGUAACUGACUGGGACUUGGUGGAAUCCCUUUGGAACUACAUCUUUAAAAAGGAGCUGAAGAUCCCCAGUGAAGAACACGCAGUCAUGGUGUCUGACCCUCCUCUGAGCCCCACCACCAAUAGGGAGAAGUUUGCAGAGAUCAUGUUUGAAAAUUUCAGCAUCCCAGCUAUGUACAUCGCUUACCAGUCCAUCUUGUCCCUGUACUCUUACGGCAGAACCACCGGCAUAGUUGUAGAAAGCGGACACGGCGUCUCUUAUGCUGUCCCAAUACACGACGGCUAUCACCUGCCCAAUUGCACUGGCAGAGUGGAUUACGCUGGAGAUGACCUAAACAAGUACCUGAUUAAUCUCUUAAAAGAAGGCAGGCAGACAUUCACAGACAGCUCCCUCAACAUUGUGGACGACAUUAAAAGGAAAUGCUGCUAUAUCCCCCUCGAUAUUAAAUAUGAGAUGUCUUUGACGCCAAAUGACUACACUGUGGACUAUGAGCUUCCUGAUGGGCACCUGAUUACUAUGGGCAAAGAGAGGUUCAGGUGCCCUGAGGCACUUUUCCGCCCAAACUUGCUAGGAUCGCAAGAACCAGGACUGCAUACUUUGACCAUGAACAGCAUCAAUAAAUGUGACACUGACUUGAAGAAGGAUUUGCUGAAGAACAUCCUGGUUUGCGGAGGAUCCACACUGUUUGAAGGCUUCCCGGAUCGCCUCCAGAAUGAACUGGCGAAAAUUGCCACCAACAGUAAACCAAUCAUUGUGGCAACACCGGAGCGUAAAUACUCAGUGUGGAUAGGUGGAUCAAUUAUGUCUUCUCUGAAAUCAUUCCAGCAGCUCUGGGUUCAGAAGAAGGACUAUGACGAGGGGGGGCCCUUUGUUAUCUACCGCAAAUGUUACUAAGAAUUUGGACAGUAGCUAAACCCUCUACUAAUAAAAUUGAGUAGGCCUAAUAAAUAAAAUUAAAAAUGAAUGAAAAUGUUUCCUUUUCUUUGGAUUUAUUUGUAGCAUAUAGCUGUCUAAUUUAUCCCCAAAUCUGUCAUUAAAAAUUAAACACCUUGGAGAUACAUAUAUUAUAUAUCAAAACUAUCAUAGCCUAUUUAUUCAUAACCAAAUAUAAUUAUUCAAUAUUACGACUACCGUAAAACAGUGUUACCAGGGGGACAUAUUUGUACAGCUUUGGUCAAAAGUUUUGCAUUACCCUAUAAAAUUCAUGAAGUCGAAUAAAACCUGGUGAAUAAUGUUACGUUAUUGAAUUUCAUAACAAUUUGUACUUUAAUAUAUACACAAAGAAAAACUGACAAAUUGUAAAAUGUGACAUUCCAAAAUCUAACAUACAAUACUGUACUACUAUUAAUUAUGUCUUCCGGUAGUUGCGAAAUCAUUUAGUUGUUUCUUUGAUCUCACACACACACACACACACACACACACAUUGGCCUAAAUGCAAAGCAUUAUGUCUG